GCGGCGCGACCAAUGAGCGAAGGCGGUAUUCGGAGGCGCGUUGAAGAUGGAGGAAGGCGAGUGGGGUGAGCUCUCUUCCUCUCCAGGCUAUGAAGAUGACUCUCUGGAUCUGGAAGAUUUGCAGCUCUUCGGGGGCUACGACAGCCCAGGACCCCCCAGGAGUGACGAGGGGAGCACAAGGUUCGAAGAGGAAGAGGAGGAGGAGGAGGAGGAGGAGGGGUCACUGACUGCAGCCCCAGCCAGAAGACCACAGACCCCUCCUCCUCCCCUCCACACACACAGAACCCAAGACGAGAGCCACGAACCGGCGGUGUGUGAGAUGUGUGGGAUCGUUGGGACCCGGGAUUCCUUCUUCUCUAAGACUAAGAGGUUCUGCAGUGUGUCCUGCUCCCGGAGCUACUCCUCCAACUCCAAGAAAGCCAGCAUCCUCGCCAGACUGCAGGGCAAGCCUCCCACGAAGAAAGCCAAGGUCCUGCACAAGGCAGCCUGGUCAACGAAGAUAGGAGCCUUCCUUCAUUCUCAAGGCAUUGGACAACUACUGGAUGGGACACGAACGGGACAGGACGCCUUUGUCAUGGGGUUUGACUGGGGCAGCUACCUGAGGGAGAGCAGCGACAAGGCAGCGCCAGUGAGCUGCUUCAAACACGUGCCCCUGUUUGAUCAGUGGGAUGAUGUCGUGCUUGGGAUGAAGGUGGAAGUUAUUAACAACGACGCUGUGCUGCCCAGCAAGGUCUACUGGAUCGCCUACAUCGUCAAACUGGCAGGCUACAAGGCUCUGCUGCGUUACGAAGGGUUCGAGGGCGACUCCAGCCACGACUUCUGGUGCAACUUGGGAACGGUGGACAUCCACCCCAUUGGCUGGUGUGCCGUGAACAGCAAGCUGCUGGUGCCCCCCCAGACGGUUCAUCAGCGCAUCAGAGACUGGAAAGCGUUCCUCACCAGGAGGCUGGUCGGAGCGAAGACCCUGCCUGUGGAUUUCUACAUCAAGAUGGCAGACAGUAUGAAGUACCCGUUCAGGCAGGGGAUGCGUGUGGAGGUUGUCGAUGGAACCCAGCUCUCUCGAACCCGCACUGCCGUGGUGGACGCUGUGAUCGGGGGACGCCUGCGUCUCCUCUACGAGGACGGACAGGGGGACACGGAGUUCUGGUGCCACAUGUGGAGCCCGCUGGUGCACUUUGUGGGCUGGUCCAAACGGGUCGGCCACGAGAGCAAGAAGUUCGGUGAGAGAGAGAGAGCCUCCCAGUCCCCUCUCGGCUCUAACCCCAGGACUGUUCUCCGGUUGCAGGUUCGAUCAGUUUACACUGAAGGUGGUUUCUUUGAAGAAGGAAUGAAGUUGGAGGCAAUCGAUCCCCUAAAUCUGGGCAGCAUUUGCGUGGCUACAGUCCAUAAGGUUCUGUUGGAUGGAUACCUCAUGGUUGGGAUGGACUACUCCGAAACACUAGGGGGCGCUGAUUGGUUCUGCUAUCACGCCUCCUCUCACGCGAUCUUCCCCGUGGGGUUCUGCGAGCGCAACCAGAUCGACCUGACCCUGCCCAAGAAUUACAACAAGACUUCCUUUUCCUGGCCAAAAUACCUGGAAGACACGGCUUCAAAGCCAGCUCCCUCUCGACUGUUCAACAUGGACUGCCCGAGUCACGGGUUCGAGGCGGGGAUGAAGCUGGAGGCAGUGGAUCUCAUGGAUCCUCGUCUGAUCUGUGUGGCGACGGUGAGGAGGGUCGUGUCCCGUCUCCUCAGGGUUCACUUCGACGGCUGGGACGAGGAGUUUGAUCAGUGGGUGGACUGCGAGUCCUCAGAUAUCUACCCAGUGGGCUGGUGUGAGAUCACGGGGUACCAGCUACAGCCCCCCGUCUCGCCAGAAGAAUCGACCAGCAAAUCCACAGGAAAGGUGAAGAAUAAAACAUCACUGGGAAAGAAAGAGAAAAAACUGAUGAAGAAAAAAUUAGCCUCGCUGAUCGCCAGAAACAAGCCCCCCCCUCGAUUGAAGCCCCGCACCCCAGCAGAGGAGCUGUCCCCCCCAGCCAAACCCGUCCUGGACUGGGGGGUGCAAGAGGGGGAAAUUAUUGCUGUCAAGGUGAAAGAGGAGACCUUUGACCCCACGAUUAUGAGCGGCGACCCCCACGAUCUCCAGAUGACCCCGCUUCAGAUCAAAGGCGAACCCCAAGACUGAAAGAAAAAACAGGUCGCCUUCAUUCAGUUAAGAUAGGAGAGCUUUAAAGUGUCUUAGACUACGGCUCCCAGCAUGCCUCUGCACCCGCGGCAAUGGUGAGGCAUGCUGGGAGCUGUAGUUCUUUACGCUGUGGGUCU